UUUUAAUUUCUCACUAUCGGGCUCCCAGGGAGAGAAGACCCUCCUAUCGCGGGCUCCAGGUAUUGUGUGUGCUGCCAAUAGGCCUGUUUGGAGGAAAAACCUAAGAUCAUGCAGAUUGUUCUUUAUUAGACCAAACUGGGCUGACUCGUGUUACUUUUCCAGUUUAUAAGGGCUUUUCUUUUUUGUUUUUUUUGGAGAAAUGCUGGGUGCAUUUCCGAUCUUGCCCCUUCCGGCACCUCCCUCAGAUGGGAAUCUUGGCCCUCUUCCCCUAUCUCAGCUGCAGGAUCAGACAACGGAUGAGAAUGUGGAAACUGAGGAGAAGAACAAAGUCAACUCUGCUCCAGCAUCAGUUGCAACCCACACUAGGACCAUUGGAAUUAUACAUCCACCUCCAGACAUUAGAAACAUUGUUGACAAGACUGCACAGUUUGUUGCAAAAAAUGGUCCUGAAUUUGAGAAAAGAAUCAUUGCAAAUAAUGCUGGCAAUGCAAAGUUCAAUUUCUUGAAUGGUUCGGAUCCCUACCAUGCAUACUACCAACACCGCUUGUCUGAAUUUCGUUCUCAGAAUCAAUCUUCUGCACAGCAGGCUCCUUCACAACCUGCAGAUUCUUCUGCUCCUGAAUCUGCCCCAUCUGCUCCACAUGCUGACAAUAGUGAGACAGUGGUGAAGCCUGAUCCCUCGGCCCAGUUUAAACCAGUCCGCAAGGUUCUUGAGCCCCCAGAGACUGAGCAAUACACUGUUCGUCUUCCAGAAGGGAUUACAGGGGAAGAGUUGGAUAUUAUCAAGCUCACAGCUCAAUUUGUGGCUCGAAAUGGGAAGUCUUUCUUGACAGGACUGACCAGCAGGGAGAUAAACAACCCACAGUUCCAUUUUUUGAAGCCAACCCACAGUAUGUUCAUGUUUUUUACUGCACUGGCAGAUGCGUAUUCCAAAGUCUUGAUGCCUCCAAAAGGGUUGACCGAGAAGUUGAGGAAGAGUGUUACUGAUAUGACUACUGUGCUUGAGCGGUGCUUGCAUAGGCUGGAGUGGGAACGCUCACAGGAGCAGGCAAGGCAGAAAGCUGAGGAUGAGAUUGAGCAAGAACGGAUGCAGAUGGCUAUGAUUGAUUGGCAUGAUUUUGUUGUGGUUGAGACAAUAGAUUUUGCAGAUGAUGAAGAUGAGGACUUACCCCCUCCAAUGACUCUAGAUGAGGUUAUAAGGAGGAGCAAGAUAUCAGCGGCAGAAGAAGAAGAAUUUAUUGAGCCUGGAAAGGAGGUAGAAAUGGAAAUGGAUGAAGAAGAGGUACAGCUAGUUGAAGAAGGCAUGAGGGCAGCUAGUCUUGAAGAGAAUGAUGAUGAAAGAAAGGAGGCAAAAACAACUGAGGAACAGGAACCACCAAUGAGAAUUGUUAAGAAUUGGAAGAGGCCAGAGGAUAGGAUUCCUGCAGAAAGAGACCCAACAAAGUUUGGUGUCUCACCAAUCACUGGUGAGCUAAUUCCAAUUAAUGAGAUGUCAGAACACAUGAGGAUUUCUCUCAUUGAUCCCAAGUACAAGGAACAAAAAGAAAGAAUGUUUGCUAAGAUUCGAGAAACAACUCUUGCACAGGAUGACGAGAUCUCCAGAAACAUAGUGGGGCUUGCUCGAACCCGUCCUGACAUUUUUGGUACGACAGAGGAAGAAGUCUCCAAUGCUGUAAAGGCAGAGAUUGAGAAGAAGAAAGAGGAUCAACCCAAGCAGGUUAUAUGGGAUGGUCACACUGGAAGUAUUGGACGCACUGCAAACCAAGCCAUGACUCAGAAUCUGAAUGGGGAGGAUCUGAAUGAUGCUGCUAAUAAUGAUGCUAGGACCCUCCCUGGUCCUGCUGCUCCUCCUCCUCCCAGACCUGGUGUGCCAUCAGUACGGCCUCUUCCUCCACCACCAGGCCUUGCACUGAAUCUUCCUCGUGUGCCUCCAAACACGGUCCAAUAUUCAGCUCCAACUAAUAGUGGACUACUUGCACCUCCUCCCCCCAGGCCGCCCAUGGUCUCUAUGAUUCCAUCAAUCAGGCCAGCACCUCCUCCAAUGUCAUUAACUUCAGGACAGCAACCCCUCAUGUUGAAUCGGCCGCCACUUCCAAUGCCACCAUCAAUAUCUGUUAAUGCACCUAAUAUUCCUGUACCACCUCCACCUGGGUCUCAGUUCAUGCCUAUGCCAGUGCCCCGUUCUUUUGUACCUCUCCCUGUUCCUCCUCCUGCCAUGCAUAUGAUUCAGCCUCCGCCAUUGCCUCAAGGUGUGCCUCCUCCGCCACCUCCUGAGGAAGCUCCACCACCACUGCCUGAAGAACCUGAACCAAAGAGGCAGAGGCUUGAUGAUUCUCUGCUUAUUCCUGAAGACCAGUUUUUGGCUCAACAUCCAGGACCAGUUCGGAUCACUGUAUCUGUUCCCAAUGUUGAUGAAGGGAACCUUAAAGGGCAACUUCUGGAGAUUACAGUACAGUCCUUAUCUGAAACUGUCGGUAGCUUGAAGGAGAAAAUUGCAGGAGAAGUUCAACUGCCAGCAAACAAACAGAAAUUAAGUGGAAAAGCUGGUUUUCUAAAGGACAAUUUAUCACUUGCUUAUUACAAUGUUGCAGCAGGAGAACCACUUGCUCUUUCUCUAAGAGAACGUGGUGGUAGAAAGAGAUGAACAGGUUUCCUUGCCCAGGCUUCAAAAGGUUCAUGUUGGAACUCACUUGUUACCAUGGGAAUUCUUCCUAUAAAAUUGUGGGACUCCAAAUUUCUACCUUCUCUAUUGUUGUGUUAGAUUGGUCGUGUAUUUUUGGGAUAAAUUUCUGAAACGUAUUAUCAUUAUCUUUGAACUGAUGAUAAGUGUGGUAUCUACUACAGAUCUGGCAUCAUGGCGAUUGUCUCUUAAGGGCAACAGGGAGUAGACAAGUUGUUUUUGCUUAGGCGGAGCAAGUCAUAUAUUUUAUCGCUCAUUACUGCCUCCUCUGUAUUUGCAGUUGUUCCUCUGAGAAAUAUGUGCACCAUAACCGUUUUUUGGUUUUAAUUAUUCCUAGAAGCUUUUUUCAAUGUAGAGGGAAGCUCAUAUAUUACUAUAACUUUUUAAUGCUCUGGGUUGUUAAUUUUAUGGUUUGUGUUUGUGGAGGUGGUGAAUUGAAGUUCUUUUUUUCUAGAAUUUAGAUUCUGUUUUGUAGGGAGCAUGCUCGUAUACCAGUACAGAUGGAUGGAUGGAAGAUGCCUUUGGUUUGUGCUGAGCAUCCGGCACCCUUACAUGAUGCGUCUUGUGAGGACUUUAUGCCUUACAAGUUUGUUUUAUUUGCCUUAAAAAAAAGCUCCUUGCUGGACUCAUGGACUGGUCUGUGCAACCUACUACAGGCUUCUUGUUUCUACACCAGAAGCAGCAUGGUCUGGUGUUGAUUGCGGUUUCGUGAUAACGAUCACAGCAGAUAGAUUUUUAUAUUAACAAUGUUCUGUCUUUGAUAUUCACACUGCGAUUUUCAGCCCCUGGAUUUUAUAUUGUCGCUGUUGCUCGAGUAUUUAGGAUUGGGGAGGUAUUAAAGCUGGCCGCCUUAGUGAAAAAUGUUGUAAUUGGCUGUAGAGAUGUUGGGUUGGGUUUCAGGAUAGAGGAGACUGCAAGUAGAUACUUUGCUGAAAAUUGGGUAUGUCAGAUAAUUCAGGAAUUAAGCCAUCUUGCUAGUCGGGCAGAGCUUAUCAUUCCUAAGCUAUCCCUGAUUCUGCCAUUUGCCGGUUUUGGCUGCCUAAUACUUUUCCGCAUGUGGUUAAUGUCGUAGGUUUAUGUAUAUUUUGCCAUUCUUCCUCAACUUCAACUAUACCCGGAACCCUUUUUCUUGGUAGAAUUUAGCCCGAGGCUAUUUGCUAUUGCUCCUAAAGCUCUCCUAUAAAGAUAUUUUUUAUGUUAAAAAGAACAUAUCAAUAGAUAUUAUUUGACAUAGAUUUAGAUAUGCCUCCUGGUACACAUUGUGUAAUUAUGUAAAUGGCAAUCUUUAUAUUAUUGGCAUCUUA